AACCACACUUUCUUCGAGCCCAUGGUAUCCGCUCCCAUUCCUUUCUCUCUCCCCACUCUUCAUGGGUCAUGGCCCUCAUCUCCAUUUUUUUCUCCCUCAAGAGGUCACUUUGAAAGGGACCUCUACCCAUAAAAUUUAAGGGGCUCGAGAUCUCGUGUAUUCUUUCUCCUUAGUUCCCACCACAACCCUCUUUUUUUUUCCUCCUCACACCUUAAUUUCUCUCUUUAAUUAACACAAAGAUGGAUAACAUAUAGCAAGUUCAAGAGGGGGGAAAAGAGAGAGAAAAGGGAGAAUUAAUCCCUUCGCCUAGCUAGCCAUAUACGUAUUUAAUUAUAUAUUUUAUCUCCUAUGUAUGAUCAUGGGCAAAGGUAGUUGUGCACCCUCUCAAUCUCCGUCACCGGCGGCGGCGGCGGCGGCGAUUUGUUGCAUGUGCGGCGAUCACGGGCUGCCCCGAGAGCUGUUUAAGUGCAAGAUCUGCCUUGUUAGAUCUCAACACAAAUACUGCAGCAACCUAUACCCAAGAGCUACGACGUACCGAGCAUGCAACUGGUGCUUGAGGGAGGAACAUGCAGUGAGACCGCAUGCGGGAGAUCAUGAUCAUCACAAGAUCAUAUCGGUUUCGUCCUCCGACGAUAACAACGCUGCGCUGCAGCGAAGCUCGUUCGUCUCCGAGCUCGACAAGCCCAUCAAGAAGCAGCGAGCGCCGGAGAAAGCGGCCGAGGAGCUGUCGCCGAAGAUGGGGAGGGUGAAGCGCGGGUUCAGAGGUAAAGUUCGGAGGUAUAAGCUGUUGGAGGAUGUCACCGGCAAAUGAAGCAACACGACGGUACUGCUUUCUUAUGUACGAACUCUGCAGGGCCAUAUGUUGAACUAUCCUACCCAAAUACAACCAAAAAUAUGUAUCAUAAACGUGGAAUAAUAUUUCAUGGACAAUGUUUUGUGGACCCUCCAAUCAUUUAACUUGCUAGUUCAAUAACCACGGUGCAAUAGAGAUCGAUGACGUGAUUUGAAUUAGAAAUUAGAGUUUGUGGACAAAGAGCAAAAUUAUCUCGUGUAACCACUAUGGACGCAAAGCAAAAUUUAGAUAAAAGGAUGGGGUAAAUUACACUUUUGGUCCUAAUAAAAGAAACAUGGUUAUAAACUAAAGCUUCGUGGGGAGGCUCUUCAUGUAA